UUUAAACGAUAUGCCGCCCAAGAAAAAGGGAGAGCGCCAGGACUCAGAUGUUGUCGAGGAGAGGAACGCCCAGGUGCAGUUGGAGAAGGCCAAGUUCAAGCCGGUGGCGUUCGCCGUGUUCUGUAACUUCUCCUACACCCCCGCGGACGAAGACAACGUGCCCGUGCCUGGAACAGCCGUCACCUUCGAGGCCAAGGACUUCCUGCACGUCAAAGAGAAGUUCAACAAUGAGUGGUGGCUAGGCCGCCCAGUGAAGGAAGAUGGUGUGGUCGGCUUCAUCCCCAGUCCUGUUAACCUGGAGAAUAUCUUGAUCAGGAGAGAGGUGCAGGCCAGGAAAGCUGCCAAGGCCUUAGCCAGUAAAGCAGCGACGACCCAGGAUAUGAACGCAAAGAAGUAUACACCCCCUUCAACAGUGGCCCAGGCCAAAAAGAAAUCUGGGGAGCAGGUGGCUCCGUAUGAUGUGGUGCCCACGAUGCGUCCCGUCGUGCUGAUGGGACCGUCGCUUAAGGGCCUAGAAGUGACAGACAUGAUGCAGAAAGCGUUGUUUGAUUUCUUGAAACACAGAUUCGAAGGCAGAAUUACCAUAACUCGCGUUGCUGCGGACAUCUCUCUAGCCAAGCGGUCUAUACUGAACAACCCUGGAAAAAAAGCCCUAAUGGACCGCUCCAACAAACGCUCAAAUCUAGACGCAGCCGCCCAGAUCCAGGGGGAGGUGGAGCGGAUCUUUGAGCUGGCCCGCAGCCUACAGCUGGUGGUCCUGGACGCAGACACGGUCAACCACCCCAUCCAGCUGUCCAAGACCUCCCUGGCUCCCAUCCUGGUCUACGUCAAGAUCUCCUCCCCCAAGGUGUUAACCAGGCUGAUCAAGACAAGAGGAAAGUCUCAAACCAAACACUUGAACGUCCAGAUAGUGGCAGCAGACAAGCUGGCUCAGUGUCCUCCGGAGAUGUUUGACGUCAUCCUGGAUGAGAACCAGCUGAGCGAUGCCUGUGAGCACAUAGCAGACUACCUGGAGGCCUACUGGAGAGCCACACACCCUCCAGAGAUGGAGCCCCCCAGCCCCAUGGUGAUGAAGCUGGCAGAGAACACUCUCCCCACCAGCCCCAUGGCUGCUCUGCCGCCUGCCAAGAAGAGCAAGAAGACAGCCCUGACCAAGAGGAAAGGCUCCAGGGAGAACCAGCUCGACCAGCAGGAGCAGAAGGAGCCUGCAGCCCAGGAGCAAGCAGACGAGGAGGGCCAGAGAGAGGAGGACGAUCGCCCCCCGAGAACGGAACCAAAGAGACCACAGCACAGCCACCACCACCACCACCACCGCAGGGCCGAGAACCAGAACCACACCCAGGCUCAGAUCCAGACGGCGGGCCUGGACUCGCAACCUGGCAGGGGGGACUACGCCCCGAGGAUCCCCCGCAGGCAGGCCCUGGAGGAUCCGGAGGAGGAGGACCAGAGGAUCCCCCGCAGGCAGGCCCUGGAGGAUCCGGAGGAGGAGGACCAGAGGAUCCCCCGCAGACAGGCCCUGGAGGAGCAGGAGGGGGAGGAGGGGGUGCAGCCCUACAAUCACAGGGCUGUGUCGCACAGGGACCACAACCACCACCAUCACAACAGCAACCACCAUCACCACCACCACCACCACCAUCACCGUGGCAACAGCCAGCUGCACCCCGGGGAGGAUUACGAACUGGAGCACAACGAACGUAACAGACAGCACAGACAACACCCUAGCUACCAGCCACACACACACAGACACCCCCCCACUGACAACCACUACCAUUACCAAGGCAGAGACAGAGACAGAGACAGAGACAGAGACAGAGACAGAGACAGAGACAGAGACAGAGAUGGCAGGCAUGGGGACUCAAGACAUUGGCACCAAGAUUUUAUACACUAGUGAAUGUUUUCAUUGUUGUGUGUGUGUGUGUCUGUGUGUG